AUGUAUUGUUUAAAGGCAUCAAUUUUCGGUCUGAUAACAAAUGGCAUAGCGUUGUAUAUUACACGUACGAAUGCACAAUUCCGCAACGCGUUUGGGGUAUUGUGCAGUGGUUUUCUACUAUGUAAUCUGAAGAUUAUACUCUUGAUUUUUGUUUGGAGCACUAUUGUUCUUAGUUUCAAUUCAGAAGGUUUCACGUCGCCGAAAUCUUUGAGCACGCGGUUCGUUGGUGUUAUUAUCAAUGGAGCUUGGUACGCCUCUUCCUUCAUUCAUCUUCUUAUUGCCAUCAACAGAUACUGUGCUUUAGUAUACGUCACAAAGUACAGUCAGUUAUGGUCUCAAUCAAAAGCUGUUUUAGCUUCGAUCACUUCAUGGAUCAUUGGAAUACUUUUCUGUAUCGGACAUUUCCAUCCUGAAUGUUCUUUUUUAUUUCAUCAAAAUUCAAGUUACGGCUGGACACAUGGACAUACCCCUUAUGGAAAGAUCUGUACAACAAUCGACUCGAGUGUGUCCAUUGCAACUGUGAUAGCAAUGACAAUCUUCGACCUCGUGACCUUUAUUAAACUAAUACAAUAUCAGAAAGUGAGCUUGACUUUCAGAACUCUGUACGUAACAUAUAAUACGAUAGCAAAUAUUAAUGAAUACUUGUUUGAUAAUAUUUGGGCGCUUUUUGCAACAAGCACAAUGGCAUGGAUUACAACACAAGCGCUUGAUGGAUUAACUCUUUUAAUAUUUCACUGGAGUGCUUCAUACUGCAACAGUCGUACAGUAACUUCAACAACAACAGCAACACCGAUUACAAAUAUGAAUAAUUUACGAACGACAAGAAGAUAUUAA